GACGCCGGAAACGGAUGUGCAGCACGGAAUCGUUUCGGAGGAGCACAAGUCCCCAUAGCAGGUGAAAGUAGAUGUUACUAUAACACGGAAGAAAGACUGAUGCGUUUAAAAUCUAACUGACUAUUAUUUAAGUGGCGGUUUCGUGUUAAAAAUGCGUUUGCGAGCUGGCGGACACUGCGGGCUGAGCUUUUAGUUUGACUGAAAAAAUGGAGGAGAGGUUCGGCAACGAAGUGGCGUCGAUCGUGGAAGUCGCCAUCCAGGCGGCCGUGUCCGUGUUCAAGGAUGUCUGGGCGAAAGAGGCGCCACACACGGAGUGGGAAGAGGCGAAGUUCGGCCAAAUCCAAGAGAUAGAGAAGUGUCUGGUGAUUCAGAUCCACAAAGUGUUCACAGAGUUCUCCUCGGAGCUGCUCGAGGAGAACGAGGCUCUGCGGGCUAAAGUGGAGCAGCUGGAGGAUGUUCUGCAGAGGAAAGCCGGGCAGCUGGAGCAGGAGCUGGAGGCCAGAGUGGGGCAGCUGGGCAGAGACAUGGAGCAGCUGGAGAAGGAGCUGAAAAGCAUCAAUGAAGGCAGCAGCAAGACACAGGGAAGCCCGACCCACCUCCUGCUGCACGAUGGCUCACUGACAGGAGCUCCGGUGCUGUCAGUCCCCCCCAGUCAAGCUGCCCCUCUGACUGCUGUGAAGGAGUCUAACUCAAACCCUCCACCGGUUUCAGCAGCGAGCACUGACGUUGUUCCCAGUUCUACAGUUGAAUCCGUGACUGUCCCUAAGCCUGCAGUAGCGCCAAUGGUGUUUGUCAGCAGAGUCAGUUCUGCUCCCACGGUGUUGUUGGUGGGUGCCAGCCAGGUUGUCACCCAACGCCCCCCACCAUCAACGGGUGUUUCUGAAAUUGUGGGAACAACACAGCUCGUUCUCAAACCAGCAGCCUCACCGGGGUCCACACCUCAAGACGUCCCCAGUCCAGACUCCGUCAGCGGUGUCGACUCGGCACAGGAAAAGAAAUCUGCAGAAGAGGCACCUACAAGGAGAUCGCAGAGGGCCAGGAGACUGUCUCGUAAGCUUUGGGUUGUCAUUGACAACGACAUUGAACAGAAAGUGAUCAUGAGAGGUGAAAGACAGAAAAUAAAAGAGCCACAGACAGAGAAGCGGUUCUCCUGUGAGCACUGUGGCGCCGGUUUUCAUUGGAAAGGUGAAUUGAACAAGCACAUGAAGGUCCACAAGAAGCCGUUUCCUUGUGAAAAGUGUGGCAGAAGUUUCCUGAUGAAGUCGUCUCUGGAGAAUCACCUCACGCGUCAUGAGGCCAGUAAAGCCCCCCUGCCCUUCCCCUGUCCUCACUGUAAAAGGUCGUACAGAAAAGAGCAGUCGCUCCAGAAUCACCUCAAGCUCCACCAGCGUUUGAGGCCACCGAAGCCAUUCGCCUGCGAUCAGUGUGGAAAAACAUUCAGGAUUCAGCAGUCGCUGGAAAACCACCUGUUGCGUCACGAGAAGUGGAAGCAAAGGUUGAAGUGUCAGCUCUGUGACAAGACAUGCAAGACGUCGGUCCAGCUGAAAUGUCACAUGACCGUCCACUCGGAGGAAAGGCCGUUCAGCUGUGAAACCUGUGGGAAGGUUUUUAAGAGUAAAGACACUCUUCGCUUCCACCAGAUUGUCCACACAAACACCAAAAAGUACAAAUGCACAAUGUGCGAGGAGACCUUCAAGUACGCCCAUUCGCUGACGGUGCAUAAGAGGAAACACACAGGCGACUCCCCCUUCGUGUGCACUGUGUGCAACAGGUCGUACCGGACCGGCACUGCUCUGAAAAGACACAGUGUGAUCCACACGGGAGAGAAACCCUUCACCUGCCACAUCUGUGGAGCGAGAUUCAGCCUCAACAACAACCUCAAGAGGCACCUUCGCAUUCACACAGGGGAGAAGCCCUUCACCUGUCAGGAGUGCAGCAAGAGCUUCUCAGACAACAACAAGCUCAAGUCCCACAUGCUCAUCCACGGAGCCAGAAAGCCUUUUAUGUGCGACCUGUGUGGGAAGACCUUCCUCUUCAACUGCAGGCUGCUGAUACAUCAGAAGUACGUGCACGCCAACAGGAAUGAGGAGACUGACUGCACACAAGGGUUUUUACAGGCCAGACAGCGAAACAAGUCACUGGUUAAACCAUUCAGCUGCAAAAUAUGUCUGAGAGGUUUCAGCGCCGCUUGUUCACUCAAGCUUCAUGAAAGAGGCCACAGUGAGCAAAAGGAGUAUAACUGUGGAAUCUGUGGGAAGGCUUUCCAUAACAAGUACUCUUUUGGCUACCACCAGAGAAGCCACUCGGGAGAGAAGCCCUUUGUUUGUGAUGUGUGCGGUAAGAGGUUUUUCCACACAGCUAGUCUGAAGCAGCACGAGCGCAUACACACAGGUGAAAAACCGUACAAGUGCGACCAGUGCGGCAAGGCCUUCAGGACAGACGGAAACUUCUACAGACACUUGCGGAUCCACACCGGCGAGAAACCCUUUGAAUGUAUGUACUGUCAAAAGAAGUUCCACCAGUCCAACCAGCUCAAGUCCCAUCUGCAGGUCCACACCGGGCAGAAGCUCUACUCGUGCCAGCAGUGUGGCCGUGGCUUCUCUGAUUCAAGGCAGCUGAAGAAGCACAGCUGCAACGGGUCAUAGGUGAUGUGAGGCUGUUGUGUGUUCUCCACUGGCAUGUUCAGAUGAUGAACCACUGGAAUGUGGAGUCACGUAUGGAGUGGAGGGAGGUUAUAUUAAGAAUAAAGAAAAGAACUGUGACAAAUGACAGACUAAAAUCACAGUUUCAUCUUCAUGAUUAGUUGUUGGCAAUGACAGACAGUUUAUUAACAGAGAAUUAAUCUACUCAAGGUGUGCAAAUAUGUUUAGUUGUUGCAUUUAUUAAGUAAAAAUAUAAAACAAUGGGUUGUGGUAGCUUCAUAGUACAAACUUUUGUUUUUGUUGUUAACACUUCAUGGCUCUGGCAUCAUACUUGUCAUUACUCUUCAUGUAUCAGGGCUGACGGAUUCAUCAAAAGCACUUAUUAUACAAUAUUUGAGAGUAAAUGUUGUUGCAGCUUUCAUCCAGUGUUCACAGAUGUUGGCUGCGUUGUUUGUGGAUGUCCUGGUUUUAAUUUUCAAUUGUGAUUCAAUCACCUCAGCUGUUAAAAGCAUUGGAAGAACAGGUUGUUUAGCUUAUAGGACAUUGUGGCCACUUAAAAAAAUCAAUAAAUCUCAAAAGAUAUACUAAGGUAAGAUAACCUCUGUAAGGCUACAUUCAUGUUACAGGCCUCAAUCUUCAAUUCUGAUCUUAUCAUCUGUGAGGGACAGAUGGCAUCAGGCCGUAUGUGCAGAAGGAGGAGAGUUUAAAACAACCACAUGGAUUCUGAUCUAACAGCGCUGCACAGUCAGAGGUCGAAUAGGAAUUGGACCUAGGAGCACAUACUGUAUAUGCAGAUGGCCCAGAUCUGAUCUGAGAACAUCUGGUUUGGUCUGUACACACUUCUUGGUCUGAGGCACUGGGAGGGAGAAAGGUUGGGUUUGCAUUGCUUCAGCUGUGAUAUGAAUGUAACUUAAAUGCUAAUUGAUAAGUGUAGUAUAAAUACCAGCUUUGUGGAGUCAGUGUUUUAAGAGGGAGUUUUUUCAGCAACUGAAAUGUUUUCUCUUUUAUCAGCUGAGUUGAUAUUAAACUGAAAAUUAAGGUUA